CACAGAGAAAGUAAAGAGUCCGUCCAACGAAGAAAACCAUAAUCAGGUAAUCAGGCAGACAUGGCUCCCAGGAAAAGGACUACCAAACAACGGAAAAACAACCCCAAGACGGCCAAGCUGGAAGCUUUUCUGGAGGAUUUUGACAGCGAGGUGAAGACCAGAGUUGGUCAGCUGAAAGAGAAGCUCAACCAGCUGCUGAAAAAUGUUGACAACAGCUACAACAUGGCACAAAUUAAGCUCCCCAAGGCUGUCCGUCAAAUGGUCUGGUUGGAACAUUUCAGGGCUGAGAAACCAAAGUCACCAGAAGUGGAUAAUACAAAGAGAGAAGAGGAAGCUGCUAUUGUUGACAGUGUUGUGGCUGAGGACCACGCAGUCCUUCUGAAAUCAGUCAAGAAAACGUCAAAGAAAAAGGGUGCAGCCAGUUGCAGUUCGGAGGAUGAAAAGACCCCGGCCACAACAAGAAAGGGCAAAGCAACAAGGAAACCUCCAACUACAUCAAAAAGAGCAAAGGCACUGACAAUCAGCAAGCAGAACAACUCCAUCAGACGAUCGACUAGGAAGCCGUUGGUCACUCCUGCCAGGAGUAUGCUGGAUUCUUCUUUUAUGAUGGGUCCCACUCCUCUCAUUACUCCACGCUUCGACCCAAGGCUUCCUAAGACCCCUGCUGUGAGGAUUCCCCGCCACAAAGAGAGGGUUUAUAGCAUUUCAGUCAACGGCUCUCCCAUUUCAGCAGGAAAUGAGGACAUUGUCAUCAACGUUCCCAUUGGCAACGGAGAGAGCAUUCAGUUAUUGGCCAGUCAGUUGGACUCAGUGGACCUGUCUCUACUGGAUGAGACCGCUCUGACGAGCAUUCGGCUGCUGCAGAAUCGCCUUACAACCCUGUGUGGAACAUCAGAGUGACCUAACCCUCUUCUGUCGACUUGUACAUUAUUUUAAAGACAUUUUAUCUAUAUUUUAAAGCUUUGCGUGCUCUGCUGUGGUUUUACUUAUAGGUGAGAUAAAUGGGGGUUAUUUUACCAUUUGUUUUAUUCAUUUACUUUUGUAAUAUAGUCCUUACUAACUUCUUUCCUAAUGCUUUUCAAGCAUUAGGGUCAAUCCUUGGGGGAAUUCUGUCUAAUGUCCGUCUCAUUUUAGUGCUUUUCCAGUCUUUUAUUCCUGUUGGCCAGUCAGACUUGUAAAGUUUGGAUUUUAGUUGUCCUACAAGCCAGUUAAUUGAUAGGUCUGUACUCUGCAAAUAUGAUUUACUGUUCAUUCUUUGAUUUGUAAGUACACUCUAAUCUUACAUUUAUUGUGUUUUUAUUUUGUCAUUGUUGAAUCAACAAUUUAUCCAUGUACAUAGAUCACUCUUUAGCUACAAAACUAAGGAUUCUGACCUCAGCUUUCAAUUGUGUGAUAUGGUUUAUUUGGGAUUGGAAUGUGUUGGUUGAUAAGAGUGUGGAUGAGUAGCUUUAUCACAAGAAAGCCAGCCAUGUCAUCAUUUAAUAUGAUUCUGUAAUUAUGUGUUAGUAGAACAUACAGGACAGGUUUUGUCUUUUUGGGAAAAUAUCUUCAAGCUGUACCUUUACAUGGUGACCAGUAGGUGACAGCAUUUCACAAUAAAAGCUUGCUUGUCUGGCUUAGUCAGAGCAGCCUCUUCUGACAGUUCAGAUUUUUUCUCCAGUUGUAACCUGUCCUCAGUAUUAAGUCUGUGGUCAUUAGACCAGAAAUGUAAGUAAAACCCUUUUUCAGAACUUAUUUCUUCUGCUGAUGAUCAAGAAAACUAACACUCGCAAUCUUUGAUAUUCACUUUAAGAACCUUAAACACAGUAGGCCUACUAUAUUGUAGUUUUGAAUACUUUGAUGUACAUCAGGGGGGACAAAAUCUAUAUCACAGUUUUCUUGUUCUGCACCACACUGCUGAGCUUUGUUUAGUUUAUGGUAGCAGAGGGGGUUAAUAAAUAAAGUGGCUCUACGGUG